AUGAACAGCUCGUUUUCUAAUUUUAAUUACCUUCCCGAUUUAUUCGAUUUCGUGUCAAAGUUUUGGGUACUUUUGACGAUGUCAUUAUCAUACCUCACUCUUCCAUGUUAUAUAUAUAUAUAUGUGCACAAAACUAAUAGAAGAGAGUUUCCCACUAAUAAUAAAACAAUUUUACAAAAAGAUAAAAAUCGCUUAUUUCUGUUUUUUUAUGGUUAUUGUAAUAGGAUCUGUGAUUUUUCUAACUUUUUUCUCCAACAUUUUGUUAAACCCUUCUUUUGAAAAAUCCCAUAUUGUACUCAUAAUUAAAGCGUAAAAACUUGUAUCUUUUAAAUCUUUUAUACAGUAUCUUCCUUCUUUUUGGUGGCGCCGUGGUAACAAUUCAAUUUCUUGCUUUUAUAGUAACACUGCAGGUGUUUCAUAUUUUGAUAUUUCUGAUCGCCAUUCAAAACUUGUUGCGAUUUUUCUUUCCGUCAAGAUUUGCUUUAUUGCAAAACUCAACGGAUAGAUAUGUUAAACAGUUUUAUAUAUCAUAA